CAAGCUGAGAAGAAUCUGGAAGAGCACGGUAGAAAACGUCAGAAAUUGGAUGUUUUGGUGGCAGAUUCGAAGCUGUCUGAGUGCGGGAAAGCAGUUGAGAAUUGCGUGAUUAGUGAAGGUCGUUUGGUGGAGAACGGUGAAUCAGAGACGACGUCUGCGAAACAGUGUGCAUCUCCGACUUCAAAUGUGACAAACGAGCCUGAGGUGGCUCAGAAAUGCCCUAAGUUAGGCAUGACUUCUGUGCGUGGAAGGAGGAGAGAUAUGGAAGACGCUGUGGCCAUUCACCCCUUGCUUUGCCGCCGGAGUAGUCAGAAUCCGGCGGAUUUGCACUUUUUCGGCGUUUACGACGGCCACGGUUGCUCACAUGUGGCGAUGAAGUGCAAAGAUCGAUUGCACGAGAUAGUGAGAGACGAACUCGAAAGCCACGAAGAAGAUUCGUGGAAGAAAAUGAUGGAGCGAAGUUUCUCUUCUUGCAGAGUUACGGCUGUGGAGAGUGGAAGGUAUGUGUAGAAAAUUCCAGCGGGC